UUCAUCCCUAAUCGCACGUUCUGGAAAAUGUCAUUUCCAAAAGAACAGAUCAACUUAUUGAAAGAUUUUGUCAAACUAUGCACGCUUAAGCCAGAAGUGCUUCAAAGUCCUGAAUUAAAUUUUUUUCGAGACUGGAUCGCUAGUUUAGGGUCUGGUAUUAAACAUGAACAAUCUGAGCUUCCAAAAACGCAUAUAUUUACAGAUGCUGCUCACGAUUAUAAAUCUGAUAAAGAAUCAUCUAAUCCAUCAGAUAUUGAAUCAGAAGAUAUUGAAAGUGAUAUAGAAUUCGACAAUGAAUUAACUGUCAAACCUGAUGCCAAUGAUAAUGCAGAUCAAGAUAUGGGAAAUAAUGAUAUUGAUGUUACAGAGGAUAUGGAAACAGAAUCAGAUAAUAAAAGACAAGAAGCAAAUAAAGCUAUGGGAGAAGGAGAUUUGGAAGGGGCCUUAAAAUUGUAUGCUGAAGCCAUUCAGAAAAAUCCGAAUUCCGCGGCCCUUUUUGCCAAGAGAGCUCAGAUUUUCAAUAAACUCAACCGUCCACGUUCCGCUAUCAAAGACUGCGAUAAGGCUCUGCAACUUAACCCCGAUUCGUCUCUCGGUUUGCGCGUUCGCGGAAAAGCUAAUUGUAUGCUCGGGCACUGGACUCAAGCUAAGCUCGAUUUGGCUCAAUCCCUCAAAAUUGACUUUGAUCCCGAUACCAAUGAUUUGUUGAAAAAAGUCAUGCCAAACGCGCAUAAAAUAGAAGAAUAUGAAAGGAAAAAGGAUAGGAAGAAAACGGACAAGUUGGAAAAGCAAAUGAAAGACAAACAGCGCAAGGUCAGGGAGGCCCACGAUAAAGCUAAAAAAGAUAAUCCUACCCACCCGGGAAGCUCGAUUCCCGGUUUUCCUGGUGCCCUGGGGGGUGCGACAAGUAAUCCUGGGGCUGCAGGUGCUGAUAUGGGUGACUUCUUCAAGACCCUCAUGGCUGACCCUGAAAUUUUGGAGGCUUUUCAAGAUGCAGAAAUAUCAGCCGCUUUUCAGGAUAUAAGUGCCAACCCCGCCAAUAUGGCCAAGUACCAAUCCAAUCCUAAAAUUUCUGCCUUCCUCCAGAAAAUGGUGUCCAAAAUUGGAAGUGGAUCUGGCGUGGGUUCAGGAUUUCCUAAAUUUUAGUUGAUUUUUUUUAAAUCUAAAUUUUCAGAAAGUAAAUAAAUAUGUUUUUAUCAAUGAAUCAUUCACCAUUUGUUUUUAUUUUUUUGUUUUAUAUUUCUUAAAAUACUGUUAAGAUUUUUCACUUAUGUUUUUUCAUAAAUAUAUUUUUUUGCUAUAAUAAAUUAAAUCAAAUCAUUUUCUAUAAAUAGACCAUGAUAUAUUAAAAUUUUAUAGAUGUUAGUUUAGACUUAUAUUUUGAAUGUAUUUUUUAUUUCCAUAACAGCUUGUCUUAUUUUUCCAUUUAUUUUCAUAAUUUUUUGGAAAAAAGCCUACUAUUAUAUAAUCGAAAAUUUAAAUGUUUUAAUAUUAUUGUGUUACGUAACGUUUUAUUUGUACAUUUUGUAAUAAAAAUUUUUAAGUAACUUUAAAUAUACAUUACCAACCCAGCUCACUUACACAUUCAAUCAUCAAUUUUUUGUUAAGAAAACAAUGUAAUUGCUAGCUUCAUUUGUGAUGAUAAAAUGAUUUAUUUUUCUUUACUAAUGUUCUUUUGAAGUUUACCAUUUUUCCCA